AUGCGUCACACUCCAACUUAUACCAUUUUCAUUCUGGAUAAGCCAGAGAAGAUGAGUUAUGGAUUUGUGGAAAAACCAGAAAAAGAACAAAUAUUACUGAGCUGGACUUGGAAGAAGAUAGCAAUGGAGAGUGAAAAUCUAGAUAAUCGGACUCGACUCAAAUUGAAAGAUGUGCAUUUAGACUGCAGAGUGACGUUCCAUAGAAAACUCAACAUCCCCACAUUGGUGUGUAGAUGUGAAGACGUUUCAUCUCGAAAAAGGUUCGCAACUGCACUCCAUUCCCAUAUGUGUGAGGUGUUUCAUGUGAAGCCGGAAAUGCAAUUCAAACUGUCUCUGGAUUAUAUGGAUGAACUACCGUAUACAAAUACAGUCAGAGAUGUCACAUUCCUCCAAUCUUCGGUGAAUUCAACAGUCGCUGAUGAGUUCUUCGAAAAGUUUCAUGUUACACGAGCACUUUUCUCUAAAAGAUGCGUCCCAGACAGGCUAUUGAAACAUUCCUGCAAAUUUCUUGAAAUCAAGAAUUUGUUUGUCGACUGGUCUCCUUGGCUGGAUAUAACGCUUUUGCUCAAAGUGAAAUGUGAAAAUAUAGUGUUCCAGAGUUCCACGUUACCCAAGAAAGAUAUGAUUGAUCUUUUGAAUAACUGGUUGGAAGGGAACAAUACACGUCUGAAAGCUGUGUCAAUUUUCAGAAGCGUUGCUAAUGACGCUCACCUUAUAAUGGAUAAUUUCAAUUUGGAAGCAUGGGAUCCAGAAGUUGAUAAAAUCGAAUAUGAUGAACCAGUUCACGAUUACUGUGAGGAGCUUCUCUAUUUUCUGUAUGACAUCAAGAAAUACAUGCUGAGAAGCGGGAUUCUCAGAAGACAAAGCGAUGGCUCACGUGCAUUGGUUAGGGCUACUUAUGAACAGUUACAUUUUCUGGUUUUGAAAAAUUAA